AUGUCGUCAAACAAAGUGGCCAUCGUCACCGGCGCCUCAUCAGGCAUGGGCGAGGCCCUCGCCGAGGCUCUCGCGUCUAGAGGCUGGCUCGUUGCUAUGUUCGACAUUCAACCCAACGACACGCUUGCCGCUCGCCUCGGCGACGGGGCAACCUAUCACCACUGCGACGUGGCCGACUACGACAGCCAGGCCAGGGCGUUUACCGAGGUGUGGGACAAGUAUGGGCGCAUCGAUGCGCUCUGCGCGAAUGCAGGCAUUGUCGAUAAGAGUUCGAUUUACAUCCUUAACCACAGAAACUCGGAUGAGAUCCCACCGAAGCCGAACCUGCUGACGACGGACAUUGACUGGAAGGGCGUCGUAUACGGCACCCAGCUCGCCUUGCACUUUAUGCGCAAGAACAAGGUGCCAGGCGGAAGCAUCGUGGCGACGGGGAGCGUGGCGGCUGUGGUGCCGCACGAGACGUACCCCGAGUACGAUGGCGCCAAAGCAGCGGUGGUGAACUUUGUGCGAGCUUCAUCCCGGGUCUUGAGGAUUAAGGAGAACAUCCGCAUCAACUGCGUUCUGCCUGGGAUCGUGGCCACAAAGAUCAUUCCUCCGGAAAUGGUGGCAGCUGUGUCGCCGGAAUGCCUGACACCCGUGUCGACUAUCGUAAGAGCCUACAACAAGUGCCUCGACGACGACAGCCUGGCCGGCGAGGUCUUGGAGUGCUCUGUGGAGGAGAUACUUGCUCUGCCCGUGCCCGAGCUGCGGAACGGCAGGUUCUCCAAGCGAGCUGUCACGGUGUGGGACCCGUUGUUCAAGUUGUACCACGGCGAAGAAUCGGGGCUGCCCGAUGCGAUUCCUUGA